UGCUAGUCUUCUAAUUAAAAUAUUACGGGGCUGAUUAGGCCCUAAAAUCUAUCUCCAGCUCACAACAAAAAUGUCACCAGGAAAUAGAUCUAAAACCCUAAACCCUUAUAGGCCUCGUGAAACCCUAAAUACGUAGUUUACAUCUGCAAUAUUUUUCUGCAACAUUUCGCAGCGAUCGAGCAUUGCUAGAAUCGCAUUGCUCACUGAUCAGGCGGCCAGCGUUCGAAUCCCAUGGCCUCCACUGAAGAGAAAAAGAAGAAGAAAAGCUCGUCACAGAAUGUAGAGGACAAAGAAGGUGACUACCUGAUAAAACCCCAGAGUUACACACCCGAAAUGGACACCUCAUCAUGGCCAAUCCUGCUCAAGAACUUCAACAAGCUUAACAUACGCACGGGUCACUACACUCCCAUUCCCACUGGCAACUCCCCGCUGAAGCGUCCUCUCUACGACUAUAUCCGCUACGGCGUGAUAAACCUCGACAAGCCCGCAAACCCUAGCUCGCACGAGGUGGUCGCAUGGAUAAGGAGAAUGCUUAGGGUUGAGAAGACUGGUCACAGCGGGACUUUGGAUCCCAAGGUCACUGGCAGCUUAAUUGUCUGCGUGGAGAGAGCCACGAGACUUGUGAAAGCGCAGCAGGGGGCUGGAAAGGAGUAUGUUUGUGUGGCACGGCUGCAUUCGGCUGUGCCUGAUGUGGCCAAGGUUGCUAGGGCUCUGGAGACCUUGACGGGAGCGCUCUUUCAGCGGCCGCCGCUUAUUUCCGCCGUGAAGAGGCAGCUGAGGAUCAGGACGAUUUACGAGAGCAAGAUGCUCGAAUACGAUGCCGAGAGGCAUCUGGUUGUUUUCUGGGUAUCCUGUGAGGCAGGUACCUAUAUCAGGACACUGUGUGUCCACUUAGGGCUUUUGCUGGGAGUUGGUGGUCACAUGCAGGAGCUGAGGAGAGUCCGGUCUGGGAUUUUAGGUGAAAGGGACAAUCUGGUGACAAUGCAUGAUGUGCUUGAUGCACAAUGGAUGUAUGAUAAUUACAAGGAUGAGUCCUAUCUGAGGAGGGUUAUCAUGCCAUUGGAGGUUUUGUUGACCAGCUAUAAGAGAUUGGUUGUCAAGGAUUCUGCAGUGAAUGCCAUCUGUUAUGGGGCAAAGUUGAUGAUUCCAGGGUUGCUGAGAUUUGAGAAUGGAGUCGAGGUUGGUGAAGAGGUGGUUUUAAUGACCACUAAGGGGGAGGCAAUUGCAAUUGGUAUUGCACAGAUGACUACUGCUGUAAUCGCUACUUGUGAUCAUGGGACAGUGGCAAAGGUGAAGAGGGUAGUGAUGGAGAGGGAUACUUAUCCCAGGAAGUGGGGAUUGGGACCAAAGGCAUCUAUAAAGAAGAAGAUGAUUGCAGAAGGGCUAUUGGAUAAGCAUGGGAAGCCUAAUGAGAAGACUCCACAGGAAUGGAUGAGGAAUUUGGCAUUGCCUGCCAAUGGGGAUACUUUAGUUGCCAGCCUUGCGGCUGCAUCCAAUGUCAAAACUGAAGCAGAGAGGCAGCAAGUUAUUGCACCCAAUGUCAAAACUGAGACAGAGCGGCAACAAGUAACAGGUGGGGCACCCAAUGUGAAAAUUGAUCCUGAGAGCUAUGAUAAAACAGAGGAGAAGAAGAAGAAGAAGAAGAGAAAUAGAGAAGGUGAAGAUGACACACCGGAUGGAUUGGAGAAGAAGAGGAUCAAGGCACGAGAAGGAGAGGAGGAUGUUACUGAGAAAUCUGAAAAGAAAAAGAAGAAUAAGGUCAAUGAUAACGAGGAAGCUACUGAGGCUGAUAAAAGUGAAAAGAAGAAGAAUAAAAAAGAUAAGUACAUUGGAGAAGAGGAAGUAGAAGAGGUGAAUAGUGAGAAAAAGAAGAAGAAGAAACACAAAGAGAAAGGCGAGCAGGAAGAGGAAGUAAAGGUUGAGAGAAGUGAGAAAAAGAAAAAGAAGCACAAGGAGAAGGGAGAGGAAGAGGAAGAGGAAGAGGAAGAGCUGGAGAAAAGUGAGAAGAAAAAGAAGCACAAAGAGAGGGGAGAAGAGACUCCUUUAUCAGCAGCAUUGCAUGAUGUAGACAAAGAAAAGAGUGAAAAGAAGAAAAAGAAAAAGAAGCAUGAAAAUGGCGAAUAGGAUUAGGUGAGAGUGACUGGGAAGCUUUGGGAGACAGGUGUAAAGCUGCACUUUCAUCUCCAAUAAUGGACCAUGGAUUUAUAUUUGAUGGUGUGUUAGGCCCCCCUGCUUCAAAUCACACUGAAAACAAUGACAUAAUUAUUGCACGCUCACUUAAAUGUAUCGUGAAAUUUUGCCUCUGUGGUGGGUUUGGGAGAGGAAAGAGCCGGGAGAAAGUGAGAAGAAAAAAAAAGCACGAAGAGAGGGGUGAAGGGGUUCCUUUUUCAGCAGCAUUGCAUGAUGAAGAGAAAGAAAAGAGUGAAAAGAAGAAAAAGAAAAUGAAGCAUGAAAAAUGAGGAAUAUGAUCAGUUGAGAAUGGCUGGGAUGCUUUGGGAGACAGGUGAAGCUGCAAACACUGAAAACAGUGACAUAAUUAUUGCACACUCGCUUUAAUGAAUUGUGAAAUUUUGCCCCUGUGGUGAUGGCCCAGGUUGGGCAUCAUUGUAGCAGCAUUGGAGUUUACCCUUCUGGACAUCAGACUGUAUGCAUAUUCUAUGGCAGGGUUAGAAACUUAGAUGUGAGGAUUAUCGCAAAUGCUUUUGUCAUAACUUACCUUAAUCAAUGUUACAUGUUUUGAGAAUUUUUCAAAUAUAAGAUUUUGUGAUAUUUUCCAGCCAA